UGGCUUGCAAGAUAAUGAUGGCGAACUGGCGAGCAGAUCCGGAUCGGCUAGAGGCUCCGAUGCCCAUGGCGGAUGCCGUGCAAGCACUCAUCGACCUCCUCGUCGACCCUCUCCUCCCUGCUAGUACUUCCCCGCAAUACUCUCCCGCCGAGGAUGAACAGCUCGCCGUCGCCAAACAGAUGCACUCUGUUGUCCUCCUCUAUAAUUACUACCACAGGAAGCAAUUUCCGCAGCUCGAGUUUCUUGAUUUUAGAUCAUUCUGUAAACAAGCAACUAUGAGCAAACGAAGUCUUCUUAGUUUUAUGAAAUUCACGCACAAAAAUGUGGAACAUCCAUUAGAUUCAGACAGACAGCUCUCUAUCUUGGAAAAGGAGAUUAUGACUGCAUGCGAUAUUGCUGCUACUUUAGAUGCAUCAGAGAAUUCUCCAGACAUGGAAGGAUGGCCAGUUUCCAAGGUUGCUGUACUUCUUGUAGAUGCUAACCAUGCAAAUUGUUAUCUUGAGUUUGGUUCUAUAACUCAAGGAAUCAAGUCUUUGCCAGAGAAGAGACUAGACAAACCAAUUGUUAAUACGAGCAAAUCCUUUGAAUCAUUGAAAAAUGAUGUUUCACUUAAGAAGCUUGCAUUUUCUGCUGUGCAGCAAAAACCAGGUGAUUGCUGCUCCAAAUUAUCUGUUCUAGAAAAUCAUCUAGUAUAUUCACUAAGCGACGAGAAGACAAUGACUGUGCUAUAUAUAAUGGAGACUCCAGAGGUUAUUAGUGGAGCACUUAUGGAAUUUCCUAUAAAAGAUGUGCUAAACAGCUUGAGAGGGCCUCUCUUCAGAACUGGCUCAACCCCCCCUGAAGUCACUUCUGUCGUGGAGUACUACCAUUUGUUGCCAUAUGUUGAUAAACUGUUAGAGUGGCUGUCCAGAGUAGCACCACAUUCUGCUCCUUUAAAUUUCCCAGCCAAGCACCCAACAGAUGUGCAUGAUUUAUCGGAGUCACCAAGAUCAGUUACCAUAGUAGAUCAUCGGCUAAACAAAUCUUACCUGUUGCCAAUGUCAAGAGAUGAGACAGCAGAAGGAAAAUCUGCCAUAAAGGAGAACAUGAACAGGACAGGAAAAUCAGAUGUGAAUACCUGUACAAUUAGCAAAUCUUUGAAAGAAUCAGCAUUUACAGUCUCUGAUAGUUGGAAGAUGGGGAACAACUCAUCUGCUGCCCAAUUGCAGCCACCAUGUUUGAAUAAGCGUGGAAGUGACAUCUUCUAUUCUUCUAAUGGCGCUAAUGUCGGUUACCAUGACAUGGUAGAUGGAAUGAAUAUGAUAAAAAAGUCACGUAAAGGAGGAGAUUCUGGAGAGAUCUCUAGCAUGAAAAAUGCUUCAAAGCCUUUUCAAAAUGCAAUUGAUGUGUCUCUUGUACCAGUUCAGCAUACAACUGAAAAUCCUGAUGAAUUUAAGCCUGUCGUGAAACAAGAGCAUUUGCAUGUUUGCUUGAACAUUCUUCAGAAAAGACGAGAUGAUUUGGUUCAAGAACAUCAAUAUAUGGGUGGUGAACUUGCUCAGUGUGAGAUGGCAAUACAAGCAAUUCUAGUUGGGAAAUCAAACGAUGAAUCAGCGAUUCAUGCCUGUAACACUUUGUGCUCGAGCCAAAUGCACACAUCUACAUCUACAUCCUUACCUUCUGAAGAUAAGAACAAACAGCAAGAGAUCAGAAUUAGGAGAUUUUCGGAAGCAAUUCUCAGGUCAAAAAAUUCUUGUCAGGAAUUGAACGACAUUUGUUCUCAAAAUGGCUGGAUAAUGCCAAUGUAUGCUGUGUUUCCAUCCAUUGUUAAUGAAAGUUUCCAAGCGACUGUGUCAGUGAGAGGAAUUGAUUUUGAAGCUAACGUUGUUGGUGAUUUCAGGAGCAAUCCUGACGAAGCGCGAUUAUCUGCAGCUACAAACAUGGUGACCAAACUUCAUAAUAUGGCAGAUCAACAAAAUGUUGUUGAAUGUUGAAAUCAAGUUCCUCCCAUGGUCUUUUGGUUUAGGUAUUGUUCUCUCUAAACAAACAUAACCUUUAAAGUUGGAUUUUGAUCAAAAUAUUUGGAGCUUGCACAAAAUACAUGAAAUAGGAAUAAGUUGAGUCAGAUUGAU